GGAUAUUUUAUGCAAAAAAAAUUUAGAACUGGUUUAAUCACAAACAUUCUUUUUUUUUGCCAAUAUAUAAACAGCUUCAACACCCAUCAUCGAUUAUCCAAUGUCAGUCAUAUCUUGAUGUCGACGUUUGUUUAGCCAUGAUUAAUCAUUAACGAUAGUGUCAUCGCCCACAAAUUGAGGAAAUUCUAUUCAUUUAUUUUUUUCAUUCAUCAAUUACAUCGACCUGUUGAUCGAACAAAUCAAUCAUGAGUGACCAACAACCUUCUACAUUAAUCAACGAUUCCGUGGAAGAAAUCUCACGCGACGGAACUAUCACAUCGAGUGGACAAUUUUUUGAUUCAUUUAAGCCUAGAUUCAUGAAUAGUUCAAAUGACUUAUCAUCCAAUUACGAACAACUAAUUGAAAAUGAAGAAGACAAAUAUCGAACACUUACAACUUUCUCUGGUGUUUUCGCACCAGUAGCAUUGUCGAUGUUUAGUGCCAUUUUGUUCCUUCGUUUAGGUUAUAUUCUUGGCAAUUCCGGUCUUUAUCUGACUGUUUUUCAGCUCAUCUUAUCCUAUUCAAUCUUAUUCUUAACAGUUUUGUCUAUCUGUUCAAUUGCAACAAAUGGUGCCAUUCAAGGCGGAGGAGUUUAUUUUAUGAUAAGUAGAGCUUUAGGUCCAGAAUUUGGUGGAGCCAUCGGAACUUUAUUCUUCACGGCCAAUGUUUUUUCCAGUGCUUUGUAUUUGAUUGGCUGUGUAGAAGGUAUUGUCAAUAAUUUUGGACCAUCUGGUGGAAUAUCUUCAUUUUUACCAUCAAGUUAUUGGUGGUCAUUUCUAUAUGGAUCAUGCUUAAAUUUUCUAAAUGUUGUCAUUUGUUUAAUCGGAGCCUCUCUUUUCGCCAAGACAUCUGUGUUAAUUUUUGUCAUACUUUUGGGUUGUGUCAGUUCAGUUUUGAUCAGUCUCUCUACUCGUGGUCAUUUAUCAUUUUUCGCUCCUCAUGAAAACAUAAAUUUUCGAAAUCAAACUCUCAAUUUUACUGGAUUCAAUUUGGAUACUUUUUAUGGAAAUCUGAAACCAAAUUUUACUGUUGAUUACACAACUGAUCAUACAACAUCAUUUGCCGUUGUCUUUGGUGUUUUAUUCAGCGGCGUUACUGGAAUAAUGGCAGGCGCUAAUAUUUCCGGCGAACUAAAAGAUCCGACCAAAUCAAUACCACGUGGAACAAUUGGUGGUGUGAUUUUUACAUUUAUGACAUAUCUCAUUUUAUUCAUUUUCACCGCUUUUUCUUGUCCAAGAGAAUUGUUGAUCAAUAACUAUAUUUAUAUGCAAUCCAUCGAUUAUGCCCCGGUAUUGGUGGCCAUUGGAAUUUUUGCCGCCACAUUUUCCGCUUCAUUAAGCAAUCUUAUUGGUGCAUCACGAGUAUUAGAAGCAUUAUCGAAAGACAAACUUUUUGGACCAUUAUUAAAUCCGAUCAAUAAGUAUUCGAAACCUGGCAAUCCUAUUUGUGCUGUGUUAAUCACCUGGUUCCUCAUUCAAUGCAUCAUUUUCAUCAACAAAUUGAAUCUAAUCGCACAAAUUACAUCUGUAUUUUUUCUACUUUCAUAUUUUGCCACAAAUUUUGCAUGUCUUAGCCUGACGCUUACCUCGGCGCCGAAUUUCCGGCCAACAUUCAAAUAUUUCAGCGGCAAAACUGCAGUUUUAGGCAUCAUCGGAACCUUAGUUAUGAUGUUUGUUAUAAACACUGUUUAUGCAACUAUUACAAUUUUUCUUUGUUUGAUUCUUGUCAUCAUUCUGCAUAUUCGUUCACCACCUUUUCGUUGGGGCUCUAUUACACAAGCACUCAUCUUCCAUCAGGUCAGAAAGUAUCUUUUAAUUCUGGAUAACAGAAAAGAUCAUGUCAAAUAUUGGCGUCCACAUAUUCUCCUUUUGGUUUCUAAUCCAAGAUCUUGCAUUCCUUUGAUUCGUUUCACAAAUGAUCUGAAAAAGAGUGGAUUAUUCAUCAUUGGAAAUGUCAAAUUGCAAAAGUUGGAUGAUUUUGAUGUUGAUCCAGUUAUAAAUGAAUCACUUUUAUGGCUUAAACUUCUCGACAUGCUGUCAGUUAAGGCAUUUUUCGAAUUAACUUUGGCAAAUUCAGUUCGAGAAGGAUUUCAUCAUCUGGCCAGAAUAACCGGUUUGGGAGCUAUGAAGCCGAACACAAUUUUUCUAGGAUUUUAUGAUAAUCAACCGCAAAUAGACUUUCUACAGAAUGAUACUAAUUUUUUAUUGAUAAAAGCAUCACUUACCGAUAGUAUCAACGAUUUCCCACCACUACGGCCAAAUGGACAGAAAAGUCAAACUGAAGAGUCAUAUGUGACUAUUCUAUCAGAAUCAAUCUUCAAAUUUAAGAAAAACGUUUGCAUUGGUCGUCAUUUUAAUACAUUCGACAGAGGCCAAAUUCCUAAUCUUAAAAACAAGAUCAUCGACAUUUGGCCAGUGAAUUUUUUCCAUCGAACUGGAGAAUUGUCGGAUAAUUCAUGGAAAUUCAUAUUGCAGUUAGCUUGCAUAUUACAAAUGGUACCCGGUUGGAAAAAUUCCACUAGUCUUCGAUUGUUAUUAUCAGACAAUUUUGAAAAUACCAUGCUAUUGAAAAACCGAUGGGAACGAAGAUUGCGUAUGUUGCGAAUUGAAUGUCAAUUGGAGAUUAUCAAUUGGGAGGAGAAUUCAUUGGGCCCAUAUGAAAUCGAUUUCAUAACCACGACCGACUGGGAGAAAGAGGAUUAUUUCCAGAAAAUCAAUUCAUUCAUUCGAUCUUAUAGUGAACAUUCGGAUCUAGUUUUUCUUUAUCUUCCUACUCCACCACGUAGUCGUGAAGGUUAUAAAGAAUAUCUCAAAUAUCUCACUUUAAUUACUGAGAAUCUUCCCCCAACAAUCAUGGCUAAUGGUAUUACUGAGGUUACAUCCGACUCGUUGUGAUGAUUUUGAAAUUUUCGAAUUAUAAUUAAUUUAAUUUAUGUAAUUUAACAAUUUUUAAAAUUAUGAAAAAA